CUCCAAUCUUUUCGAACAGACCUUAGAGAAUUUCCUCCUGUAAUUCCCGAAUUUCGUUUCUUUCAGCUCCAAUUUCUCCUCCUUGGAGCGUGAAAUUCGUAUUCCUGCCGCUUGAAUCAACGUAAAUAAUAUUAUCAAGUCUGUUUGUUUCUUCCUUGAGAUUUUCUUGACCUGUGUUUGGAGACGGGAUGUGCAAGCACGAUUUUGGACAAGCGGAGGUUUUCUCGACAAAUUUAUGUGCUACAGAUACAAUCCACAAAAUUGGUGUGUUUGAAUCUGGUUGAUGGGGACAGUUAAGAUGAAGAAUGAGACUGGUCUUUUGACCAAUGGAUUGGUGUUAUUAGUUAAUCGUAUGCAAGAUGAGCAAAAGCAAAUUAGGACUGAGGUCACUGGAGAGAGACAGGUUCUGUCAGAGGAGGAUGAGUCAGGAGUUAAUGAUGAUUUGGAAGAUGUAAAUGAUGAUGGGAAGAUGGAAGAUGUUCAAGUCCAGGCCAAUGGACAGGCUAUCCAGUAACAGCCUCAUGGCACUGAUCCAGUUCGCUAGGAGAGAUUUCUGCCUCAAAGGACUUUGAAGGUUCUACCGGUGGAAAAUGAUGAUUCAACUCGCCAUGUUGUGUUUGCUUUACUUCGAAAUUGUGGGUAUGAAGAUCUGGUGAACAUCCAACCUCUCUCAAUGAAGCGCACGAUCGGUCGCAAGUCACUUGGUGAAGUUGGAGAUGGAUCUAUGUUGGAUAGUCAUGGGUCUGUAAAGUUGAAAUUAUUAUGAUGCAUAUGCUUUUUCUUUAUGUAGUUUUUUUUUUUUUUAUUGGUGAACAAAAAGCAUAUGGUGCC